AUGCAUAUGUUAAACAGUCGUGCCUUUUAUGACAAAAGAAUUAGCGCUGAAGUACCUGGUGAUUCUCUUGGAGACGAAUUUAAGGGUUAUGUAUUUCGUAUUACUGGUGGGAAUGACAAACAAGGUUUUCCUAUGAAACAAGGAGUUUUACGAAAUGAUCGUGUCCGACUUUUAUUGUCAAAGGGACAUUCUUGUUACCGACCUCGUCGUACAGGAGAACGUAAAAGAAAAUCUGUUCGCGGUUGUAUUGUAGGAAGCGAUCUUUCCGUGUUAUCAUUAGUUUUAGUAAAAAAAGGUGAACAAGAAAUUCCCGGAUUGACCGAUAAUCCGGUUCCUAAGCGAUUGGGUCCAAAAAGAGCUUCAAAGAUUCGAAAAUUCUUUAAUCUGUCAAAGCAAGAUGACGUUCGUAAAUUUGUGAUUCGGCGUGAGGUGAAACCUAAAAAUCCCGAUAAAAAACCUUAUACAAAAGCUCCCAAGAUUCAACGUCUUGUGACUCCUCUGACAUUACAACGCAAACGUCAUCGCAUUGCUCUCAAAAGGAGAAGAGCGAAAGCAGCGAUUAUAGCAGCAGAGGAAUAUUCUAAAGUGCUUGCUAGACGUGUGAAAGAACAAAAAGAAAGGAAGGCAGAUCUCAAAAAAAAGAGAUCCAGUAUUGUGCAUUUUUAUACUUUAUGA